AUGAAACGAUGGUCCGCCUCUGCCGCAGCCGUUGCCCGCUCUUCCACGCGCAACGACGCGCGAAUACACGCUCGUAAGGCGUACAGCGCGCUCGCAACCGCCCACCGUCACGUCCCGGACGCGUCCGCACAUGUGCACGCGCCGCUACCAGUACCACCUCUGACGACACAGCCUGCUCGACCAGAUCCUUAUAAGCUUCUUAAACCUGAGCUGGAUACUCUACGAGAAAGGCUAUUAAACUUGCUGGGCUCUGCGCAUCCGACAUUAACGGAUAUUGCGAAAUACUACUUCUUGCAUCCGUCGAAGCAGGUCCGACCGCUGCUCGUACUAUUAUUCGCCCGUGCAACAAAUGGGUUGGGGUCUGGUUGGGACGACAAGGCAUGGGCUGCCGAAUGCGAGGGUGCAAGAGGCCGAGCGGAGGAGCUGGACGAACCGCUGUCUCGACCCGACGUCUUGAACGACUGGAAUCCGUCCAUGCCGGACACGACCGCAUCCUUCGCGACUGCGUUCGACUUGCACAUGCCAGCUCCAUCAUUACCCCAACCAAUGCCUCCACCUCGACUGUCGCCGCACGUACCUGCGCUCGCCGACGCCUUACUACCAACACAAGUUCGUCUUGCACAGAUUGUGGAAAUGAUCCAUGUCGCAUCGUUGCUACAUGACGACGUGAUCGACGGCUCGAACACAAGACGUGGCGCACCGAGCGCACCUGCAGCGUUCGGGAAUAAGUUCACGAUUCUCGGGGGCGACUUCCUUCUCGGUCGCGCUUCAGCCAGCCUGUCGCGGUUGGGCGAAACCGAGGUCGUCGAGCUCAUCGCGAGCGUCAUCGCGAACCUCGUUGAAGGAGAGAUCCUACAAUUGGACAAGGUCGUGGCGGAGAGCGAGGCCCUUGCAGGAGCCAAAACGGGUGGCGGGUCCGACGGGUGGAAUAUCUACCUGAGGAAGACGUACCUCAAGACCGCGAGUCUCAUGGCCAAGGGCGCACGCGCAAGCGUCGUCCUCGGCGGCGGUCGCGCAGGCGAAUUGGAGAAGGAGGUCGCAUACGCGUACGGGCGUAACAUUGGCAUCGCGUUCCAGCUCGUGGAUGAUAUCCUCGAUUACGAGGCGGGAGAAGCGACGUUGGGUAAGCCUGGUGGCGCGGAUCUGCAACUGGGGCUUGCGACGGGCCCUGCGCUUUAUGCAUGGGAAGAGCAUCCCGAGAUGGGCCCGCUGAUUGCGCGCAAGUUUGGGCAGGAGGGUGACGUCGAGCUGGCGCGCGAUCUUGUCCGACGGUCAUCCGGUGUAGAGCGUACGCGCAGCCUUGCCCUAGCUCACGCCGAUAAGGCUCUCGCCGCGUUGCAUCAUCUCCCAGAGAGUGAUGCACGCGGCGCUCUUGAAGUUCUUACCGAGCGAGUGGUCAAACGCACCCGGUGA